UGUGCUGCAUGAGUGAUGAGGAGCUAAAGGAUGUUAGCAGGCUUGUGGUAGUAGCUCAGUGAUUCCGAUACAUUGAGGAGAAGCAGAGAGAGCUAAUGGUUUUUGCUAAGAUUUCGCUAGCGGGCGGAUCAAUAUAACUCUUCGAUCUGUUUUUGUUUCUUGGGAUUGCGAGAGCUUCUUUCGAAAUUGCAAUUUAGCGCAACACGAGUAGGAGAUACGUUGUACACGUUUAUAUAAAUACAGCUGGAAUGGUCUGGGUUGUUAAUAUAUAUUUUAUUAAAAUUUUAUUCUUGUUCUUAUUAUUUUAAAUCGCAGGCCGAGGUGUUGGUAACAUUUCAUUAGCUCGCUAACGUUAGCACGCUCUCAAAAUAGCCAGCUAAUUUGAACAUUUUAGCAGGUCAUACAGUUUGACUUUGUUUCACUGACCGACCGAGUGAAAUGGAGGAAUAAUAACAGAGGUUCGUCCUGGCUGAGGGUGAACAUGUCGGUCUUUAUUCGCGUUAGCCUUUUGAGCGCGGCAUUUAGCAACCUGGCUAAGUUAGUUAGCUAGCGCACUAGCUGAAGCGGGGUUUUUUUUCUUUCCUUUUUUUUUUCUUUUUUUUUUUUUUAGCCGGAGCUAGUCAUGCUACCUGUGUGACAGCUUUCCUGGACACAGUGCACUCACGGUAGACUGGCGCACUCAUACAUUUACAGCCACAAACACGAACCAGAUCCACACCAAUGAUCGUGCAAGUUGAAGAGAAAUCCGAACGUCGACCGUUGAAAGACCCUGCUGAGGCACCAGGGCUUUUCUCCCAUACGUACAACUUCAAAGUUGGUUCAGUGUACUGUGGUUCGCAGAUGGACUCCUCUGCCAGGAUGAUAUGAGAUUUGCCAGAGGACGAUGCAUACAGGAGGAGAGACCUCAGCAUGCAAACCCUCGUCUGUCCGGCUUGCUCCCUCGUUUUCGUUCAAUGCGGCAGAUGUGCAGAUGGCUGCGCAGACGCCCCAUUCUCACCUGCCAUUCAGUGACGGCCACCAGGCGAGCGCUGAAGCGCCGGCCCCCGUGCUGCCCUACGGCCCACAGGCACCGCAGCUCAACACCACCCAGGUGACCGCUGAUGUGGUGAUGUUACAAAGGCGGAUCCCCCAGUGCUUUCGGGAUCCGGCCACAGCCCCCUUGAGAAAGCUCUCCAUCGAAUUGAUCAAAACUUACAAACACAUCAAUGAGGUUUACUAUGCAAAAAAGAAGCGGCGGCAUCAACAGGGCCAAGGGGAAGACUCUAGUAAUAAGAAGGAGAGGAAAAUCUACAAUGACGGUUAUGACGACGAUAACUUCGACUACAUUGUUAAAAAUGGCGAGAAAUGGUUGGAUCGCUAUGAAAUCGAUUCGUUAAUAGGCAAAGGCUCCUUUGGACAGGUUGUGAAGGCCUACGACCGCUUGGAGCAGGAGUGGGUUGCCAUUAAGAUCAUAAAGAAUAAAAAGGCUUUUCUGAACCAAGCACAGAUCGAAGUACGGCUCCUGGAGCUCAUGAACAAGCAUGAUACAGAGAUGAAGUACUACAUAGUUCACCUAAAGCGGCACUUCAUGUUUCGGAACCACCUCUGUCUGGUGUUCGAGAUGCUGUCUUACAACCUGUAUGACCUGCUUCGUAACACAAAUUUCCGUGGGGUGUCGCUGAACCUGACGCGGAAGUUCGCGCAGCAGUUGUGCACCGCACUGCUCUUCUUGGCCACGCCUGAGCUCAGCAUCAUCCACUGUGACCUCAAGCCCGAGAACAUCCUGCUCUGCAACCCCAAGCGAUCAGCCAUCAAGAUCGUCGACUUUGGCAGCUCCUGCCAACUGGGACAACGGAUAUACCAAUAUAUUCAGAGCCGCUUCUACCGCUCCCCUGAGGUGCUGCUGGGCAUGCCGUAUGACCUGGCUAUAGAUAUGUGGUCGCUUGGCUGUAUUCUGGUGGAGAUGCACACCGGAGAGCCUCUGUUCAGUGGAGCCAACGAGGUGGACCAAAUGAAUAAAAUAGUGGAAGUUUUGGGGGUCCCUCCCAGUCAUAUACUGGACCAGGCACCAAAAGCAAGGAAGUUCUUUGAGAAAAUGUCUGAUAGCACGUGGUGCGCAAAGAAGACCAAAGAUGGAAAAAGGUAUAAGCCGGCAGGCUCACGUAAACUGCACAAUAUUCUGGGUGUGGAGGCCGGGGGGCCAGGCGGCCGGAGAGCGGGCGAGUCGGGCCAUGCUGUUGCCGACUACCUGAAAUUCAAGGACCUGAUCUUGCGGAUGCUGGACUAUGACCCGAAGAGCCGCAUCCAACCAUACUACGCGCUGCAGCACAGCUUCUUCAAGAAGACCGCCGAUGAGGGCACCAACACCAGCAGCAGUGUAUCCACAAGCCCAGCACUGGAGCAGUCUCAAUCCUCUGGAACCACGUCCAGCACCUCCUCCAGCUCAGGAGGUUCUUCUGGAACGAGCACCAGUGGGCGUGCCCGUUCUGAUCCCACUCAUCAGCAUCGGCUAAGUGGAGGCCAUUUCAGUACUGCAGUAGGCAUGGACUGCCACAACCUCUGCCCUCAGGCAAGGCAGGCGUUUGGGCCCUCCCUUGGUUGGGUGGGCGGAGACGGGCUCCAGCAGGCAGCCGGAGAGACUCAUCCAGUCCAAGAGACCACGUUCCACCUGCCUCCCCACCAGCCCAAACCCCUCCACCCACACAGCUCUCAUCACCAUCACCACCAUCCCCAUGCUCAUCACGGCCAGCACGGGCAAGGCCCGGCACGGCCACGCCCUCGCAUCUACUCGCCCUCACACAGCGGCGCCUCCACGCAGGACUCCAUGGAGGUGUCGCAUGGCCACCUGUCCAUGACCUCGCUGUCUUCCUCGGCCUCGUCCUCAUCUACGUCCUCGUCGUCUACAGGCAACCACCACCAUCACCACCCCCAUCAGGCCUAUCAGAGUCGCCCGCUGCCACUGGGCCUAGGCUACGGGCAUGCCUUUUCCAACCCACGCCAGGAAACGGGCACGGCCGGACACGCCGCAUACCCACUCACUACGAACUCGGGCUACAUAGCCGAGACUCAUAUGGGCCUGCGCCAGGGCCUGGACCGUGAGGACUCGCCCAUGGCUGGAGUAUGCGUGCAGCAGAGCUCUGUGGCCAGCUCCUGACUACACUGAGAGGACCCCCCACCCCCCACCCCCCACCCCCUGCCCCGUGUGUGUGGUUUUUAUUUAAA